CUCUCUCUUUCUCUCCGUUAUAUAUCUUUCUCAAACGCACUCACCUUUCCCUGUGGGAGCUGAGGAAGACACCAAUCGAAGAAACUCCAAAACCUUGCAAUGAAUCCGUGCCCUUUUGUGCGGAUCCUCGUCGGAAAUCUGGCCGUCAAGUAUCCCAUAGCCUCCAAGGCCUCCUUCUCCGGCGUCCACCCCUCCACGUCCCCGUGCUUCUGCAAGAUCAAACUCAAGAACUUCCCCACCCAGUACGCCACCGUCCCUUUGAUCGCUCAUGAAACCCAAAGUACCCAAUCCUCCCCCCACGAUGGCUCCCUGGGCGCUUGCUUCACUCUGAGCAAGACCCACGUCGACAAACUCGUUGGGAAGGGCAAGAACCCGGUCUUGCAGAUUUCGGUCUAUGCGGGUGGGACAGGGACGACGUGUGGAUUGAAUAGUGGGAAGCUUUUGGGAACUGUCGCGGUGGAGGUGAAUCUGCGCGCGGUGGAGACCAAGGCUAGUAAUAUUCACCAGGGCUGGGUUGGUAUCGGAGGGAACAGCAAGAAAGGCGGCUCAUCGGCGCAGUUGCAUUUGAGCAUUAGAGCAGAGCCUGAUCCAAGAUUCGUGUUCCAGUUCGAUGGGGAGCCGGAGUGCAGUCCUCAGGUUUUUCAGGUCGUCCAUGGCGAUGUUAGGCAGCCUGUGUUUUCUUGCAAAUUUGGUUUCAAGAACAUGAUGGAUCGAAGUUCACCGAGCAUGUCAAGAAGUUGCUUAAUGGGCUCUCGCAAGGACCAACAAAUGGGAAAACAGAGAAAGGGAUGGCACAUAACCGUCCACGAUCUCUCCGGCUCGACGGUGGCCAUGGCUUCCAUGGUCACCCCGUUCGUGCCGUCCAGGGGGUCCGACAGCGUCAGCCAGUCCAACCCCGGCGCGUGGCUCAUCCUCCGCCCAAGCGACGGCGCGUGGAACCCGUGGGGUCGCCUAGAGGCGUGGCGCAAGCGUGGCGGUUCCGACGCCGUCGGAUACCGCUUCCAGCUUUUCUCCGAUUCGGAGGCCAGCGAGACGCUUGCCGCAGGCGCCAUCAGCUCCAAGAGCGGCGGCAAAUUCAGCAUAGACAUGACCUCCAGCGUCGCUACCACCCCAGUUCACACUCCCAAAAGCAGCCUCGAUCUCGGGUCCAGAUCUUUCUCUUCGUCCAGAUGUUCCUCUCGAUCCGGGUCAGGAUCCGGGUCGGAGCUAGGGUAUGGACCUUUUCCACCACAAGUACAAGCAGGGUUUGUGAUGUCGUCUACGGUGGAAAGAGCAGGGAGGUGUAGCCAGCCCGAGGUGGAGGUGGGCGCGCAGCACGUGAAGUGCUCAGAGGACGCGGCGGCGUUCGUGGCAUUGGCUGCGGCCAUGGAUCUCAGCAUGGACGCUUGCGAGUUGUUCUCUAAGAAGCUCCGAGAGGAGCUCCGGCAGUAGGGUCGAGCUAUAUGUCGUUUUAGUUGUAUUAGCUCGUCGUUUUAGUGCAUUCUUUGAUUCUAGUGAUAAAUUACAGCGAUUUUUUGGCUGGAUUUUCCUGAUUAAAUUUUGUAAAGCAGGGUUUGAUUAGGCAUGGAGGUUUAUUUUUUUUAA